UUUCAGAAUGGCUGCGGUUGUUGCCUUUCCUGGGUGUGCUGGCCUUGCUCGGUUACCUCGCUGUUCGUCCGUUCCUCCCCAAGAAGAAACAGCAAAAGGAUAGCUUGAUUAACCUCAAGAUCCAGAAGGAAAAUCCCAAAGUAGUGAAUGAAAUAAACAUUGAAGAUCUGUGUCUCACUAAAGCGUACUGCAGGUGUUGGCGUUCUAAGACGUUCCCUGUCUGUGAUGGCUCCCACAACAAGCACAAUGAAUUAACAGGAGAUAAUGUAGGUCCACUAAUACUCAAGAAGAAAGAAGUAUAGCAGAUGGCCUAGUCCACUAAAUCAUAACUGAUAUAAAGUCUUUUUAUACUUUUGUAGUUGCAAAGGACAGCAUUUUACUAUGUGAUUGUUAUGAUUUAGUCUAAUGAUUGCUGUAGAUUUGUUUUUGGAAUAAACUGCAUUUAGACAGUGCUAAAUCUGUCACUGUUUUGAUACUUUAUUCUGAGAAGAAUUAUGUCUGCUUUGUAAAACUGUAAUUAUCUGUGUAAAUAAGUCAUUUAUUUCAACAAUAAAAUGACUUCUUACAGUUAAA